AUGAUGAUGCUCAAGCAUAAUAUUAAGAGAAAUACUGUUGCAAUCGUUCAAAAUGCGACUGCUUUCAAAAAAUAUUAUCAUGAAAAUAGUAACCCUCAAUUGAUAAUAAGUACUAAUACGAUUAGCCCAUCAUCACCUAAUAAUGAUGUGGAUAUGGAUCCCUUUGCCUCAACUGAAAUUGAAUUAUUAAAUCAACCUCCAACAAUCGCUAAAAUCACAAUUCCAAAUUCAUCUGAAUUUUUCAUCAAAAAGGGUUCUUUAAUAUCAUUAUAUGGUACCAAUCCACAGAAUAAUUUAUAUAAGCCCUCGAAACUAAAAGCGAUAAAUGAACAGGAGCAAGGAGAAGGAGAUAAUAUUAAUGAUACUAAUAAUACCGAGAAGAAUAUUGAAACCACAGUGGAGUAUAAUUAUGACCAUCAUCCAUUUCCUUUACACUCGAUCUCUGUUACAAAUAAUAAUAAAAAUAUUAUUGAAAAGGACCCCAAUUUUUUAAAUUAUAUUCCCUUAAUGAAAUCUUCUAACCAUUUUCAAAAAAUUUCAUUUAAUGAUUCUUAUUCGAAUAUGAAUAGUAAAAUAAAUAUAUUAGUAUCCUCCCCUAAUACAAACGUAAAUCCAUUCCCUUCACCAUUAUACCAUCUAAAAUUGGACGGCACGAAAGAUUGGAAUAUCUUUAAUCAGAAUGCUAUUUUGGCCUUUGAAAAUAACUCAAAUUUACAAAUUACACAAGUUUAUGAUAAGAAUAGAAAAUCUUCAUCCUUCUCAUCGUCACCAUCAUUAUUCAAUAAAUAUCAUCGAAUAAAAGGUCGUGGUAAUGUUCUGUUAUCUUCCUCCUCUUUAAGUCAAGGGAUUGGGGGUUCUAUUUUAACUGUUCAUUUGAAGAAUGGAGUUGAUGAAAUAUUAAUUAAUUCGAAAAAUUUACUCGCUAUUAAUGGGGUGUCACAAUUAGAUAUGAAUAACUCAAUGGCACUUUUCAACUCAUCUGAAUCAUCUCAUCCACCGCCAAAUCGAAAACAUUUACCUUUACCUUCUAUCAUUACAAAUGAUACAUUUUUAAUAAAUAUGAAAUCCAUUUUAAACUUUAUCAAAAUAUGUACGAAGAAUUCAAUAGUUUCAUUGAUUCAUUACUACAAAAUUUGGAAAAUUGGUAAACCAUUAACUUUAAUUAAAAUCAAUGGUCCAAGAACAAUACUAAUUCAAAGUAAUAACCAUAUUCCCGAUAGUAAAUAUAAUAAUAGCAACAAUAAUAUUCUCUCAUCUUCAUUUCCAGAUCUUUCCUUUUCAUCAAAUCCAUUAAAGGAGAAAGCUAAGCAGGGUUUUCAAAAUAAAAAGAAAAUCAAUAUGAAUAUGAACGCAGAUAUAUGUAUUGAAAAUGAUGAAAUUGCAAACCAUGAUGAUCUUAAAUAUUUUAUUGCCACUGUAACGAAUGAAAAUAAUGUGAAAUUUAGACCCGUUGAUAAAGUUUAA